CCCCCCCCCACACACCCCCACCGGAGCUACCGGGAGGCAGCAGAGCCACAGAGCGAGUCCGCGCCGUGCGCCCCGGAGGAUCCAAACGGAGGAACCGCCGCGAGAAGCGAGCGAUGCGAGCGCUGCUCACCGUCCAGUAAGACACCAGAGCCGAGAGGAGCAGCAGGGACCCGGUACCGAGAUUUACCGACAGGAAGGAGACGCGGACACCCCCCCUUCCUCCUCAUAACCAGCUGUUUGCGCGCUCUGGACCGAACCGGGAGGAUCUCUGAUUUAAAUGCGCUAACUGCGCCUCAGCGUGCGGCUUGAGAGAGAGGGAUCUGCCCCGAGAGCGAGACAGACGGAGCGAAGGCAGAGCCCAGAGAAGGUGGACCAGAGAAGGACCUGAGACCAGCUUGGUUUCCACCCUCAACUUCCACUCAUCCAUCUGGGGCUUAUUUCCUUUUUUCUUUGCGUUUUUUUUCUCGCGUGGAUCCCGGUCCCGGUAAGGCCAUCAAGCUGUGUUCUCUAACCAUGGGAUGUACUCUGAGCGCAGAGGAGAGGGCGGCUCUGGACCGGAGCAAAGCCAUCGAGAAGAACCUGAAGGAGGACGGUCUGACUGCGGCCAAGGAUGUGAAGCUGCUGCUGCUCGGGGCUGGAGAAUCAGGGAAAAGCACCAUCGUCAAACAGAUGAAGAUCAUCCAUGAGGAUGGGUUCUCUGGCGAUGAUGUAAAGCAGUACAAGCCUGUUGUUUACAGCAACACCAUCCAAUCUCUGGCUGCCAUCGUCCGUGCCAUGGAUACACUGGGCCUGGAGUACGGGGACAAAGAACGCAAGGCGGAUGCUAAGAUGGUGUGCGACGUGGUGAGCCGCAUGGAGGACACAGAGCCCUUCUCCGCCGAGCUGCUGUCAGCCAUGAUGCGCCUGUGGUCUGACGCCGGCAUCCAGGAGUGCUUCAGCCGCGCCCGGGAGUACCAGCUCAAUGACUCAGCGCAGUACUACCUUGACAGCCUAGAUCGGAUCGGCGCGCCGGACUACCAGCCCACAGAGCAGGACAUCCUGAGGACCCGGGUGAAGACAACAGGCAUAGUGGAGACGCACUUCACCUUCAAAAACCUCCACUUCAGGCUGUUUGAUGUGGGAGGUCAGAGGUCGGAGAGGAAGAAGUGGAUCCACUGUUUCGAGGAUGUGACAGCCAUCAUUUUCUGCGUGGCGCUGAGCGGGUACGACCAGGUGCUGCAUGAAGACGAGACCACGAACCGCAUGCACGAGUCUCUGAAGCUCUUUGAUUCCAUUUGUAACAACAAGUGGUUCAAUGACACAUCCAUCAUCCUCUUCCUGAACAAGAAGGACCUGUUUGAGAUGAAGAUCGUCAAGUCUCCGCUGUCCAUCUGCUUCCCCGAAUACAUCGGUCCAGACACGUACCUGGAGGGAAUCACCUACAUCAACUUUCAGUACGAGUGCAAGAACAAGUCCACCAGUAAAGAGGUGUACUCCCAUGUCACCUGCGCCACCGACACCAACAACAUCCAGUUUGUCUUCGACGCCGUCACAGACGUCAUCAUAGCCAACAACCUCAGGGGGUGUGGCUUGUACUGAGGAUGACCACUCAAGCUCGCAGAGGGAUGUUUAUGUUUACCUGUGUGGUUCCUGACUGUGUGUGAAAGGGGGUUCUGGUUCUGAAGGCCCAGCUGGACCCUCAGAACCAGCUGGGCCUUCAAAACCAGCUGGUCCCUAAGAACCAGCUGGAACAAAGGCUUAUUUGUAGUAAUUUUGAUUUAAAUCUGUAAAUUUGCUCCUCUGUGCUUCAGAUCUUUGCUCUGAUCAGGUUCAGGUUCUGUUCAGUCCUGGUUUAAAUCUGAGCUGCAGAGUUAAACUCCGACAUCAUGUACGACCACAGAUCAGCUGAUUUACCAGCAGAUCACGGAGCUCUCAGGACAUCUGGUGUUUAAACUAGCAGGGUCUCCAGUCCUCGUGGUACCAGAGAAAAGCAUCCUGCAUCACUUUUUUUGCAUUCUCCAUGCACGCAUGUGUCUUCUGCAGCCUCUGAAAACACAUACAUGUUCACCAAAGUUACACAAUUCAACUAUGAAGGCUGAACAGAGACAAACUGAAUGUUUUUCUAUUGUAUCACCAUGUGGGAAAACAGGUGUAAAUUAAAUCUGUUUGCAAGUAAGGUUUAGCUUUAUAACAAGUCCAGAGUUUAUUUACUAAAUACUGUCCUUUUCACCCGUACCGGGCUGGACCCUGUGUGAUUGGCUGUUAGAUAUCAGCGUUAACAGGAAGUAGAACAGGUGGAGCUGAUGAUGAGGACGAUGGGUGUAGAUUACAUUUAUAUUAAUCAUUUUAAUAUAAUUCCCUUUCUUUGGAGAAAUAAAAACCAGCAGGACAUCUUCAGGGACCUUCUUACCAAACAUAAAGUUUGCUGCAUCUGUCCUCUCUAUGAUUGGCUGACGAUUAGACAGAUUUGGCUGAUCAGAAGCUUCCUUCUCACAAACGUGAUGUGUAUUUUCCAUCAUUGUUGGUUUGGUUUAACAAGCAGAGCUGCUAACUUUAUUUCUUUGUACAAGUUUUCAUCAAUUCAGACGUAAUCAGAUUACAGAACCUCGGACCCUGUCCCACGUGCAUCACUUAAAAUCAGUUUGUCUCCCAUCUCUCCUCGGAGGACAAACCUCUGUCUUUUGGUUGGAGAGUAAAACAUUUCUGAACACAUUCCAUGUGAUUCCUUCUCUCUAGUUUUAGCAUAAAGACAUGAUGGACAUGAGUUCUUGUUAAAACAAAGAGCUGACACUAGCAGAGGCUAGCAGAUGCUAGCAGAAGCUAGCGCCUGGAUGGACACAUUGAUCCGGUCCUUCUGUCCACUGAGGCUGGGCGAUGUUUCCAGGUCUGGGCCGGAGGUUUGAUGUUCUGCAGAGCCCAGAUGAAAGGAGGAGCGAAGCACCACGCCAAGCUCCGACUGAAGCGUCGGAUCUUUGUUGGUGUGAGUGCUGCGCAGGGUGUCUUUAUUUAUUCAUGUCCCCUCCCUCGUGCUGCCUUGCCCAAACAGCCAGGGACCACCUCCACCUGUCGCUCAAAGCAGCCAUCUUUAAAAGACAGGGGCAUGACAUCAUCAGCUUGUGAUGCCACAUCUGUGCCAAAUUUCCUAAUUAGAGAUGUAGAGGCCCCGAGGAUGUUGAUCAGUCUGCUGCAUGUGUGUUCAUGAAUUGCAUGCAUGUGUGUCAGUUAACAGGCAGGAAAGGUCAGGGCGCAUGUCCAUGUGUGUGUGUGAGAGAUAACAUCAGCCCAUGGGUGUUGUAGUGGAGUCAGUAUCUGUGGAUUGAUUACCCACAAGGCACCUGUCUACCCUUUCCACACACACGUGCACACACAUGCACAGCUAGGCACAAAGAGGCCGGUGAGAUUUAAAAUGUCACAACACCUUCACCAGACGUUCCUGGUCCAGACCACUUCAGACCAGCCUGAACACUCUGGUUCUGUCGGGCAGAAAGUUGCUUUUUGGAAGAUUUAAAGUUUUUCUAAACCGGCAGCAGGAUUUUAAAAUCCACUCUGUUUAGGGGCCUCAGAACUAGACUGAUAUGAUCCACUUCUCUGGUCUGAAGCCCCAAGCAUCAUGAAGCGUCUUUAGUCUUUUAACCCUUAAAACUCCAAAUAAUUUGGAGUGUGUUAUUUAGCUGUGAAAAUUCAGGUUCGAGUAGAAAAUAACACCCAGAUUUCAGAUUUGGUUUGAGGUUUUUAAACUUACAGACUGAAGUCCAGCUCAGAUUUUCAUUUUUAUUCCUUGGCUCGUAGGUUUAGACAUAAAAAAAGAGGCCCCAGAACAGAUCCAUGUGGAACUCCAGAUGCUUGAUUACCCAAAAACUUUUAGCGACACCUGUUGGCAGAAAUGCCAUAUAAAAUUCAUAAUUAGAGGACUCUUUCCCUUUGGCUAUGUUGUACAUGACUACAGUAGCUCUGAAGGGACAAACCAAACUCUGGCUCUGCAGUUGGACUUUUUUUUCUUGCUUUUUUCCACCCACCGUGAAUUAAAAUGAAAUGGGAAAAGCAACAGCUCUGGACUUUCUCGCUGUGCAUCAAAACAUACUUGAAAAUAUUUCAUCAGUAUUUGUUAUAACUUGUUAAAAUUCACUUUUUUUAUUUUGGUUGCCCAACAUCGAAAGUAUGAAAAGGUCUCACAGUUCAUUGUCAAAUGUUUUAUUAGAUGUAUAAUAACAAGUCAAAGAUAUUGGAAUCACUUGGGAAAUAUGUCAAAUAUCAGAGUUGACAAACCCUAUUAAGUUUCAGACUGAAAACUCCACCUUGUGUUGGCAUUUUCUCAGAUCUUUUAGCUAGCAUAGCCCAGACUCUAAGCCCUAAAUCCAAAAUACCUCAGAGUCACAGAAUCGUGGAGUAGAAGCUUUUUCCUCCCUGAAAGUCCAACUGUGAUUGCUUUCUGCCACAUUUAUAAGCUUCAGUUCUGCAGCAGAAAACCUUAAAUUGUGUCUACAGAGCAAUCAUGGCCUUGCAAACCUCACAUGUAUCAGCUUGUAUGUGACAAAGUCCAGCUGCAGCCUAUUUGUGAGCAUUACGACUUGUGAAAAAUGUGCUAUUGAAAUUUCCAUCCACAUGAAGUUCGACAAGUUCCAGUUCACAUUCAGAUGAAAGGAAAAGCCUAUUUUUAUUUAGCCUUGGGGUGCCCGGGCCAGCACACUGUUCAAGCUUUGUCUCCCUUCUGUCACGGAUUCGUCCCCUCAGGCAGUGCAUAGGACAACAUGUCUUCAUGCUUCUGCAUCUUCAGUGGCUUUAAAACUUCACUCUCAGUUUGUUCACAACAUAAAGGAAAAAGAAGAAUUGAACUUGUUAAAAUACAGUUAAAAUGCCUGUUUACACUGCAUGCUGCUGUUCCAGCCUUUAGUUUCAUUGUGUCCUCCAUAACAACUCCAGCAUAAUUCUGGCAAAAUAAACGCAAACAUAAUUUACACUGGAGGUAUUCACUGUACAAACAAAUUAGCCUCAAACACAUUAAGAUGAAGUUAUAAAGAGGAAACAAAGGAAAAUGUUGUUCUAGAAACAGAUGUAACAGCUACCAACAGAGCUAGCUGGUAAAACACACAAAUAACAAGGAUGCAAGCUAACUG